AGAGACAUAUGCCUGGCAGUCUGGUGGAUGAUACAACCAUGGGCUGUACCCCUAGGCCCCUUAUUUAGUCUUUGGGUUUGUCUCACUCUGAAUAUUCUAGAAAAGUAGUUUAUGGGAAAAACAGGCAAUGCCUGCAGGGAGAACCUAACAUAUAGAUCUUCCAGGCGUUUAGAAAAGACAGGAGCAUAAUAAAGGAACAUGCAGUCACUUCUUGGGCACUGGUAUGCCACUACUUCUGGGCGGUGUAAAAUGUUAGGGCCAGGACUGUGUGAACAGUUAAAGGAAGGGAGUGGCCAGUAGGUGGCGUUAACUGGCCCAGCACGAGUCCCAUCGAAGUCAAGAAUACUCUGCAGGGGAAAAAAGUUGGGACAGCCAGCCUGGGAAGGAGUGUGAGGAGAAAAGAACUUGGGCGUUUUAUGAAAGCAUGUGAGAAGGGAAGAGGCGGCGCAGUCCUCUCUGGCUGGCUUGGAAUACUCUUAGUUCUGCCUUUUGGGUCUAAUCCUCCUUUCUUACCCCUCCCCCCACCUAUGUUAACUUUGAUGGGUGGUGAGGGUGAGUUGGGGCCCGGAGGGGGAAACCCAGGAACGUCGCACGCUUCUAGCCGCUCCCUUGCGGGUCCGAGCCGGGAUUCUGACGGCUAACUGUGGUCUUUCCCGUUGCAAGCUGCAGCUGCCAGCGCGAGCCAGGCUACCGAUAUUUGCGAUUAGUAUUGGGGGUUCGUUCCCUUUCCCUAGCGUCCGGUGAAGCCAGAACACACGGCGACUCGGGCCCCCCGGUAACGCCCGCAGCGCUUGCCGGCGCGGGACUAACUCAACGCCCGGACUACGUCCCCGCGGUGCCCGCCCCGCUCCUCCGGAUUACCAAUUGGAGGCUGGAGCUCAGCCCCCAGAUCGCUUAAACCAACCAGAAGCGCCAGGGAGAGGCGGAGCCACUGUCCCCUCCUUCCUCCGGAAAGCGGAAGCGGAAGUGACGUUCGGGGAAGGUGGGGGCAAUCAUGGUGCCGCUGGGGAGGGGAGAAGCUGCUGCUGCCGCCGUUGCCGGGAGCCGCGGAGACAGGUCAUUACCUUUUCAUUUCUCACAAUUGGGCUGAGCACAAUUGAACCAUGGGGGAACACAGUCCAGACAACAACAUCAUCUACUUUGAGGCAGAGGAAGAUGAGCUGACCCCCGAUGAUAAGAUGCUCAGGUUUGUGGAUAAAAAUGGACUGGUGCCUUCCUCAUCUGGAACUGUUUAUGAUAGGACCACUGUUCUUAUUGAGCAGGACCCUGGCACUUUGGAGGAUGAAGAUGAUGAUGGACAGUGCGGAGAACACUUGCCUUUUCUAGUAGGGGGUGAAGAGGGGUUUCACCUAAUAGAUCAUGAAGCAAUGUCCCAGGGUUAUGUGCAACACAUUAUCUCACCAGAUCAGAUUCAUUUGACAAUAAACCCUGGUUCCACGCCCAUGCCAAGAAAUAUCGAAGGUGCAACCCUCACUCUGCAGUCGGAAUGUCCAGAAACGAAACGUAAAGAAGUGAAGCGGUACCAGUGCACCUUUGAGGGCUGUCCCCGCACCUACAGCACAGCAGGCAACCUGCGUACCCACCAGAAGACUCACCGAGGAGAGUACACGUUUGUCUGUAAUCAGGAGGGCUGUGGCAAGGCCUUCCUUACCUCUUACAGCCUCAGGAUCCAUGUGCGAGUGCACACGAAGGAGAAGCCAUUUGAGUGCGACGUGCAGGGCUGUGAGAAGGCGUUCAACACACUGUACAGGCUGAAAGCACAUCAGAGGCUUCACACAGGGAAAACGUUUAACUGUGAAUCUGAAGGCUGCAGCAAAUACUUCACCACACUCAGUGAUCUGAGGAAGCACAUUCGAACCCAUACAGGAGAAAAGCCAUUUCGGUGUGAUCACGAUGGCUGUGGAAAAGCAUUUGCAGCAAGCCACCACCUUAAAACUCACGUCCGUACACAUACUGGUGAAAGACCCUUCUUUUGCCCCAGUAAUGGCUGUGAGAAAACAUUCAGCACUCAAUACAGUCUCAAAAGUCACAUGAAAGGUCACGAUAACAAAGGACACUCAUACAAUGCACUUCCACAACACAAUGGAUCAGAGGUAUGCAGUGUUCUUGUCUCUUGUUUUGAUCUGGGCACCAUAGAACAUCAAGAUGGUAAUGUAUGUUACUUUGAAAUAGGAGAAGGUAGAAACAAGAGGCAGCUCAGAAGAUCAUUCGAGUACUGGGGCUCUGAAUAUGCUCUUUUUGGUGAAGAACCGUCUGAGGAUAAAGAGUUUCACAUCUCUGUCUUUCUCCAACAGACACAGGGCCAGGACCUCAGCACAGUUUCACCAGCAGUCAUCUUUGAGUCAAUAUUCCAGAAUUCAGAUGAUACAGCAAUCCAGGAAGAUCCACAACAGACAGCUGCCUUGAUUGAAAGUUUUAAUGGUGAUGCAGAGUCAGUCAGUGAUGUUCCGCCAUCCACAGGAAAUUCAGCAUCUUUAUCUCUUCCACUUGUACUGCAGCCUGGCAUCUCCGAGCCACCCCAGCCUCUACUACCAGCUUCAGCUCCGUCUGCUCCGCCUGCUCCCUCCCUAAGAACUGGUUCCCAGCAAGCUGCAUUUGGCAACCCCCCUGCUCUCUUGCAACCUCCAGAAGUGCCUGUUCCCCACAGCACACAGUUUGCUGCUAAUCAUCAAGAGUUUCUUCCGCACCCCCAGGCACCACAGCCCAUCGUACCGGGACUUUCUGUUGUUGCUGGGGCCUCUGCAGCAGCAGCAGCGGCAGUGGCAUCAGCUGUGGCAGCACCAGCCCCACCACAAAGUACUACUGAGCCCCUGCCAGCCAUGGUCCAGACUCUGCCCCUGGGUGCCAACUCUGUCCUAACUAAUAAUCCCACUAUAACCAUCACCCCAACUCCCAACACGGCUAUCCUGCAGUCCAGUCUGGUCAUGGGAGAACAGAACUUACAAUGGAUAUUAAAUGGUGCCACCAGUUCACCACAAAACCAAGAACAAAUUCAGCAAGCAUCUAAAGUUGAGAAGGUGUUUUUUACCACUGCAGUACCAGUAGCCAGUAGCACAGGGAGCUCUGUACAGCAGAUUGGCCUCAGUGUUCCUGUGAUCAUCAUCAAACAAGAGGAGGCAUGUCAGUGUCAGUGUGCAUGCCGGGACUCUGCAAAGGAGCGGGCGUCUAGCAGGAGAAAGGGCUGUUCUUCCCCACCCCCUCCAGAGCCGAGCCCCCAGGCUCCUGACAGGCCCAGCCUGCAACUACCACCGCAGACUUUUUCCUCACCUCCUGUCCCCCUGUCGUCAUCCUCCACCGUGCCCUCCUCCUGUGAGCAGAGCAGACAAGUACAGACUCCUUUAGACCCUCAUACAGAAACAUUAAGUGCCAUGGAUGUGUCAGAGUUUCUGUCCCUCCAGAGCCUGGACACCCCAUCCCAUCUGAUUCCCAUCGAAGCACUGCUGCAGGGGGAGGAGGAGAUGGGCCUGGCCAGAGGCUUCUCCAAGUGAAGGCCCACGCGUGCUCACCUCCUGGACAGGAGGCGAGCAGGAGGCAGUGGGUGUGAUUCCUGCCAUCAUGGGUCAGAAAAUUUGAAGGAUGAAGAAAUCUGUUUGAAAUCCUCACCUUUCAGAUGUAUUUUCUUUGUUCACAUCCCAGGAGCAUCCAUUUUAAGGAACUAAUCUUUGGAAAAAAACAAAAAACAACAAAAAAAAAGCUAAGUUAUAAAUGAACUGUUUGGCUGCACUGUAUGUCACUUUUGCUUGUCAUGUGAACUUGGAAAUUAAGGUUACUCGUAUGCAUAAAAAUUCUAAAUGAAAGGAUGUGGUUUCCAUCUAUCUGGUACUGCCCAUCACUUGCACUGGGGUCUUUGUGGAUUGGGCAGGAGAGUUCAGUGUGUUGGGUGUUGCUCCUCCCUGUGUGUCUUUUGAUUCUGAGGCUGACUUUUGCUCGGAAGGCCAGACCCUUGCUCCAUCAGAGAGGGCAGUGGCAAAGGCCAACGAGACAGCUGUGAGUUAGACAGAGUUCGGUGAGAUGGCCUUGUUUGCGCUUGGUGUCAGUGGAGCUCAGGGUGGAUAACGUAGGGGUCAUCCUGCAGCCCUCUUCAGCACAAAUGGGCAGCUUAAGGCCUGGCCCACAGGCUGCUGGCAUGACCCGGUUCUGCAGAGGCCCUAGGCAAGUUGUUGACUGCUGUCUAUCGAUGACGUGUGUACAGAGCAGGCUCUAGCAACACGAUCACAGUCUUUACCUUCCUGGUUCUUUCCGUUUCUCAGUUGCCAGGGCUUGCAAAUUGCAGUGAAUUUUCCUUGGAGAACAUCCCUGUUUAUGUCCUAGGGUAAACAUGUGGUGUAUGGCCAGCUGCCGGUCGGUGGUCUGCCUUCCUUUUAAUGGUAUUUGCUUCCUCAGAGCAGAAGGGCUGCAUUUUGCUUAUCAGGAGAAGGUGCAGAUUUAAGGGAGUUGGUAUGAGGUGGCAUGUAAUUGGCAGGCCAGGUGUCCUGGUUCGAGGUUCUAGCCAGGCUUUGGUUGCCCCCUCCCAUCUCUGCCCCACAUCCCUCUGGAUUUUGCAUACAGCCUAGUACAGUGCAAACGAGAAUGUGACUUGCUCGGCUUAGUCAUGUGAUUUCUAAAAAAGAAAAACAUAAAACGAUGAUCUUCUACUCAGGGUAAAACAAAACAAAAAAUUCCCCUUCCACCAAAAAGCCUGAAAUGUUGCAAUAAGUUAUCUCAUUUGGAAUGUUUCAUUAAGUUGUGUUAUAGGAAAAAAAAAUUGUGUGUGUGUGUGUGUAUAGAAUUAUAUCCAUCUGUCUGCCUUUGGCUCCAAGUCAUUGCCUCUUAAAAUAAAACAUAAAAUACAAUCCACACUAGAAUGGAAAGUUUGUCUCAACUGGCUAUAUUAAUAUAGUCAUGAGUGCUCACCAAAUUCACCAAGCUUAGAAGCUAGGCAUGGCCCGAGGUGUGGAAUAGGCCUGUGCCUCCAAAGAGCCUUUGCCUGCCUUGUGUGAAUAGCAGUGUUCCACAAACAGGGCUGUUCUUCUGAGUCAACAGUGUCAGGCAGAAGGCAGCCGUAACUUUGCCUUGCAUUUCCACUCCCUAAUGUAAGGAAAUCUUCAUUGGUCACUCCCCUGUUCUUUGAGCCAUUGCUCAGGGCCAGCCAACAAUAUGCAGAGCAGAUAAUUUACCUUGGAGCCAGAGGCCCUACCUUCAUCCAGGAUGUUCAGGGACAGACUUGGACCAGAGGGCAGUGGUGGUGAAUGUUGUUACUGCCAUGAGGAGAAAUGGGCUUAACUACAACCAACUGACUUCUCACUCCAGUAGUCUAGCUAGGAGAAUUAAUUACUUUUUGACUUUCUGCAAUCCCCUCCCCAAAAGGCUGGUGGGUUCUAGGGACCAUGGACCUCAGCAGAAGUUGGAAAGGCAGGAGGAAUCUUCUGUUACCACAGUGGGUUAGUCCUCCUGGAAAACCAACUGCUGAGCCCAAGUUAUCCUUGGCUGCCUCUGGGCCUUGCAACCAUAAGAAGCUUUGAGGUUGGGCCCUUGCUGUUUACAACUUUUAAGAGAGUAGUGGAUGGGACCCCAACGUUAGCCUGUCCCAGAGAGCAGUAAUGACUGUCUCAUUUGUCCAUUCUAUGUUUAGGUGAUGUUUGGGCUCCCUGGGAGCUGAGGCAGGACUAGGAGCCCCGGGAAAGACAUUUGAGGUGUCUAUGGUUUAUAUAUUGUUUCUUCCUGGCUAGCCAGGGCUGUGCUUAUGUUGGGCACUACCCAGGUCAGUGGCCUUUCUACUCUCCGAAGACUGGGGGUGAUGAAGAAGCAUCUUAAUCAGUGUUUAGCUUGACAGAUUUUUCCAGCUGAAGAAGUUUAAGUAUCUGCCUUUUGAGAGUGAUUUUAGAUUACAAGAGAGACUAUCAGAUCUUAAUCAGCUUUUGAAAAAUCAGGAAUGUGCUUAAAAUGCCAGUGAGUGGUUGUGAAGAGAUUUAUUCCCCAGGGUAGGCAGUCUUUCCCUCCUCUCCUGGUGCUUCCCCCCCCCCAUCCUUCCAUAAGCCUGGCCUCUAAUGCCAAGGACCUUGGAGAAGAGAGGGCCCUUGCCUAAACUGUAGCCAGAAAGAACCUUCAUGGAGAGUGGUUUUCCAAACCUGGGAAUGAACUGAGAGGGAAUUUAGGGGGGGUCUGCAGAAGUCUAGCAGGUAAAUCAAGCCUUUUUUUCUUCCCAUGGUAAACUUAACCAUUUUCACCCUGUAGAUUUAUACUUCGAGCUCCCACUAGCCUCUCCAGGUAGACUGCCCCUUUAAAGGGUGCUCAGCACCAGGGAUUGAUGUUCAUGGGUUUAGGAGGUGGUAAGGAAACUCUGGCUGGCACCACCAAACUGCCUUAGUGAAAUUGGCCCUUCCCAGGCAAAUAGGUAUGGGGGGGGAGCAUUGAGGGAAGGUGGCCCAGUCUUUCCUGGCAGGGUCUGGCCACUCUUGUGGGGGCACCACUAGUUUGGUGACAGAAGUGGUGUCAUUUAUUGAAUUCCACCUUCUUUUAGAAGGAGAUCAUGGUACAAAGCCCAGGAGGGGCCUUAAGAUGUGAAGACUUCUCUGGGUAGAAGGGAAGGGGCAUCUCUUUCACCUCUGGGAAAGACGGUAGAUUGGAGAGUUUUAUUUUCAGGGUCAAGGCUGUGGACUGAUGGGGAUAAUGGAAGGUGGGUGAGUUUUCCUGAGAGACUCUGUAUAAUGCUGAAUGUGUCCAGAGGGACAAGUUUGCAGAACCUCAUAUUGGUAUAUUAAAGAAAUAAUAAAAUAAAAAAGCACUUUAGGUUAUUUUAUCUUUAACCCAAUUGCUGCAAUUUCUUUUGUGUAUAUAUAUACAUAUAUAUACUUUCCACAAAGUUUUAUUUUUUGCUCAGAAUAAAAAGUUAAAUUGAGGUGUGAAAAGAAAAGCACUUACCUUGGUGCAAUAUGUGUAGCUUGACAGUCGUUGUCCCAUGUGGCCCUGGCCUGGCCGCGUUUUUCCACUUGAACAGCCCUGUGCUAUGAGGUUGUUCAUAGGGAAACACUAUUAUGCAUUCUCCGCAACUGCUCAAUCUAUGCAAGCCUUCCCUGUGUGCCCCGGGGCGCCCCUCAGGCUCUCUGAAGAUCUGCUGUGGGUCCUGUUUUCCUCUGCUGACUGUUGAGGCCCAUUUUCAUCACCUCUUGAUCCCUUGCCAUCUUUCCCCUCUUCACUGCAAAGUGAUGCCUGAAAGGAAGGAACAGGUUGUUCCUAGGUAGAAACCUGGCACCUUCUAGACUUUUAUAUUUAUAAUCAUGUCCAUUGUCCUUAAUCUUAAAGACUUCUCCAGAGUCACUGAAACCAUUGAUUUGUGGAACUGCAACAAUAUUGCUCAAGAGUUUACAAUUUUCUUACACCACCAAUCAGAAAUAUGUUUGGGGAGGUGUUGGUGGUAGUAGGGAGGCAACAUGAGCCAUUUCCAUACUGCUCCCUGUACUAAAUACCUGUGUUGGUUCCUUAAGCAAAAAGGCCUCCAGCCUUCAUUAAAUCCAGUAAAUAAAGCUUUUAAUAAUCUGUUUUAUCAACUUUCUUCCUUCUCCUCCACCUUCAUCCGUUUUAUCUUCAAUUCUCAGGCUAUAGAAUGGAGAAAUUUUAAAAGAUACUUCAGCCAAAGCAGAAAGAUUUUCAUAGAUCCAAUAUGCAAAUUGUUCUGCUGUGACAUAGAUUAGAAAUUGUCCACUCCUUAACAUUGGCACAGGGAUUGGGGGAGCAGUGCGCAACAAAACUGAGUGAGUUAUGCAUAUUUCUGAUUGGUCAUUUUAGCCUGUUUCCUCUUGCAUACUUUUGGGGGAGAGAGGGUAAGGGUCCUGUAUUUCUUCUCAUGCUCUUAGGGAAAGCUGAUGACCACAGUCUGGGCAUUUCUCACUGUUACUCAUGUUCAAGAGAGGGCUUCUCAGUCUGCACUGAAAAAUGCAAAUUAAACUGGAUCUUUUGUCAAUGUGUACAUAGUACAAGCUUUUUUACUGGAAGUGAGGUUCAAAACCACACACUGCCCUUUUGGUGGUGUGCCUGCUGGGCCAAAAAUCGGGCGAUAAUGUAGUGUCACUUUCUCAGCUCAGUGCAGUUUCUACUUUUUCUUAUGGGAAAAUUUUUCAUAAAACCUUUUUGCACCAAAACCCAGGGAUGUUUUUUGCAAUAUCCUUGUUAUUGUUGUAGUGAUGCCAAGUCAGAGGCUUCUCUUGCCCUUUUCCUCCUGUGUUCUUAGGCCUCCCAAGGGCUGUUCGACACAACAGUCUACAUCCUUUGUUGUGUUUUGGAGAAUGUGGGAGUGGGGGUCAGAGUUCAAGGUGGCUGUUCCCUUAUCCUGUGAAUUCCUCCUAGUCCCUGUUUGGGGAAGGUGGCUGGAAACAGAUUUUUGCUAAAUCACUGGCUCGGAUCUUCGAGCCAGGAAAGGCAAGAGCCCACGAGAGCCUUCUUUUUUGACACACACUAAUCAUUGGCCGGGGUCUUGGUGACAAUUUUUUAAAUCCCAAAUAGUUUUAUUUGGAUUAUGUAAAAGUCUAUCAAGUUUAUUUAAGUGUGAAACAUGGGAACAACGGACUUCCACUGAGCGAUAUGAAAACGUUACAGGUUCAGUACUUCCAAAGGAAGAAACCUCCAAACCCAAAAAAGAAUAAAUAUGAAUUUGUAUUUUUGAAGAAUGUGAAAUAAUGGUGUUUGCUUAAUUGCUCAUUUUGUAUAAACUUAAUAUUGUACUUUAAAAUAUCUGCUACGAAGUGAAAAUUUAACUUUUUGAAUUGAAAAAGCAAUAUUAAAUACUAAUGAAAUCCUAAUUAAAUGCUUAUUUAAAUCUGGUA